CAAACAGUGAUUUACUUUCAAUUAUGUGAGUAAUGUGACAAGCCGAAAUCUCCAUCUCCAUUCUCCAUCUCCGAUCUCCCAUCUAUGGAUCCAUGGAUGGCACAGUGAUCUAGUGUGGAAGCAGGAGCAGAGUAGUUAAUCAAGAAGCAGAAAUGGGAAAGAUCGUGAGAAUGCCCUGUGCUCGGGUGCAGGGAGAAACCAAGUUAGGAAGUACAGCAAUCAAGCCGACGACUAUCUUCUCGGAAGCCAUGGGAGGCUUCUUCAUGAAGUGGACCUACUCCACCGACCUCAAAGGAUAUCGCAAGGUCAUGAUCGGCGGCGUUCAGCUUGACUGUGAGGGUUGCCCUAAAAAGGUUCGCCUCGCAAUCGGCAGAACUGAUGGUGUCAUGCAAGUGAGGACGGAUAUGGAGAACGAGAUCGUGUAUGUGAUGGGGAAGAACAUGAACAUGGCGGAGUUGAAGAAGAACGUGAGGAUUGAGUCGAAUUCGGCGGAGAUACUCGACAUACUUCCUUGGAAGAUCAAGUACUAAUAUGUUGUGUUGGAUUGGUCGCCCUCAUCCUGUUUGUCGAUUUGCUCCAAAAUCAUUGUCAAAACUUUAUGAUGUAUUCUUGUUUGAUUUUUAGAAGGACUUGUUCUGUUCAAAACUUUUCGGUGCGGAUCUGUAAAGUAAUAAGAUAUUUGCGUGUUCUUGUGAAUUGGUUCGUCCACUUAGAAUA